CAUUGUCAAAUAACGCGAUCCGUUCCCUCCCUCCUCUCUGGCCCGUAAUCCCUUUGGGCUUUUGGGCCUAAACGGAACUCCUCCCUUUUACAUAUUUUAUUAACAUUCUGACCAAUGUACCCCCUCCUCCUAAUCUUCACAGCAUGCAGGGAUUUAAGGUAGUUAUGCUAUACCCUCCUACACUGGAUGCAUGGGCAUUUUGGUAAUCAACUGACGUAUGACUUGUAUAUACAGACACUAGUUCUGCCACCCAAGGAUCUUCCUCACUUACCCUUCCCCCCACCUUCUCCAAUGGAAGAAGAUGAUCAGAAAGAACUGCAACUACUACCUUCACCCUCUUCAAAACACCUCUCUGCCAGGAUGUCAGGUUCCUCUGAGAGAUCACAUUCAAGAGCAUCUGGGUCUUGCGAUGGAUCGCUUGACCUGCAGUUGUCCAUCAGCCUUCAACCAUUCCGGCCGCCAUCUGAUUGUAUGCUGGCAAGACACCACAGUGAGCAUGACCUUAACAAAAGCACCAACUACAGCUGUGUAGAAGCUUUGAAGUGGCAAGCUGCAGAGCAAAUUCGAUUAGCUGCUAUUGAGAAGGCUUAUGCAGAGAGAGUUAGGGAGCUAACAAGGCGGGAGAUGGAAUUGGCGCAAUCAGAUUUUGCACGAGCAAGACAGAUUUGGGAGAGAGCACAGGAAGCGGUGGAGAAGGCUGAGAGAAUGAAAGAGAAGGCAACCCGUCACAUAGAUUCUACGUGCAUGGAAAUCACUUGUCAAGCUUGCCGCCAGCGGUUUCGACCUUACCAGUGAAGAUUCAGACCAGGGGUUUGGCUCAAAAGGUGGCUAUAAGUAGUAAGUCUUCUAAGUACACAUCUGGGUAAAGAUUGCAUUCACUAUCAUCAUACUAGCUCGUCUGAGAGACCAACUCAGUCCCCUACAAGAAAAAAAACUGAGUCAGAUGGAUCCCCAGUCAGAGUCUCCAAAAUAAGCAUUAAAUUUCUGCAUCACAUUGAAAAAGAAAAGAGAGAGAGAAACACAAUAAAAUGACAGAGAACUUCGAACACAAUCUGCUAUUCUUUUCUUUCCUUUUUCUUAUUUCUCCAGAUCACAGAAACAAACUCUGACAUCUGCAUAAUGAAUUUUUAAAUUUUUUUAUUAGAAAGCAUCAACCUAGAAGAGUUGUCUGAUUCUUGAACUUCAUAUGUAAUAUCAUCUUGGUUUGAAAACUGCAUCAUAAGAAGCUCAAUUUUAGCA